AUGUCUUUAAGCACACCAUCUACUACAAUGUUCCGACGCGCCCUGCUGAGCAGCCGUCUGGCUACCCCCGUUGAAUGCUCUGCCCGAACGAUCAGACCUGCUUUCGUAUCCUACAGAAAAGUCUCCAGUGCAGCUCGACUCCCGACCCUCACAGCAUCAGAGACCCGUCGCCGACCAACGGUGCGACCUCACCAGCAGCCUGCUUCACAGGGAGGAGUGAACGGCCUCUCGCCCACAAGCAAGCGCACCAUUUUCAUCCAGACUGAAAAUACUCCCAACCCUGAUGCCUUGAAAUUUAUUCCCAACCACCGUGUUCUCCCCGAGGACUUCCCCAGCACAUUCCUUGAGUACCUCACACCACGAUCCACACUUGCACCACCGCACCCAUCUCCACUUGCUGCCAAACUGCUUGAUGUCGAGGGUGUCACAUCCGUGUUCUACGGCACCGAUUUUAUCACCGUGACAAAAGGCAGUGAUGCGGUCUGGGCGCACAUCAAACCCGAAGUCUUCAGCAUCAUCACGCAAGCCGUAACCUCCGGCGAGACGAUCGUGACGACCGUUGAGGGUGCCAUCGAUGGCGAGCAGGAAAGUAGCGAAGACUCGCUCUCCUAUAACGAGGAUGACGACGAAGUUGUCAGCAUGAUCAAGGAAUUGCUUGAGACUCGAAUCCGUCCCGCCAUUCAGGAAGACGGUGGUGACAUCGAGCUGAAGGGUUUCGAGAAUGGUAUCGUUAUGCUUAAGUUGCGUGGUGCUUGCCGCACUUGUGAUUCUAGCACCGUUACUCUGAAGAAUGGUAUUGAGUCCAUGCUCAUGCAUUAUAUUGAGGAAGUCAAGGGUGUUGAGCAGGUGUUGGAUGAGGAGGAGAUCAUCUCCAUGCAUGAAUUCUCAAAGUUUGAGGAGAAGUUGCGCCAGCAGAAGGGAGCUGCUGCCACUGCCAGUUCGUCCUUGGACAGUGCGCCAUAA